GAAGGACAAGAAUAUUCAAUCAUAAUAAUUUGCUCAAACUCCUCUGUAGCCUGCGACUUUUCGUCUUACCGAGUUGGAGAAAAUCAGAGAGCCACACAACCUAGCUCCACCUAAACUCUGAAGACUAUCAAAUUUCCAACAACUCCACAAAAAUGGUCAACACCAAGAAGAAACAAAAGCCAGUGAGCCUUUCUCAUGGUCGGCCACCAGCAGCCAACAAGCCAAAGGCAUCAUUAUCUUCCAAGGCCACCCGAAAUUUGAUACAAAGUCAUCAUCGUCUGCACAAAGUACUUGCCGAUGCCACGCGUCAAGGAGACGAACAGACGGCGUCAGCCAUUCGACAACAGAUUGAAGAGAAAGGUGGUCUGAAGAGCUACCAGCAAGCGAGCAUUCAAGGUCAAUCUGGCGAUCGUGGCGGAGACACCUCGAGAAUUCUUUUGGACUGGUUGCCGAAGGACCUGCCGAAAGGACACACGAUCCGCAUGCUCGAAGUCGGCGCUCUCUCUGUCAACAACGCAUGUUCGAAAUCUGACGUGUUUGAUGUGACGCGCAUAGACCUGAACUCACAGGCCGCUGGAAUCGAACAGCAAGACUUUAUGGAAAGACCUGUUCCAGAGAUAAACGCUGACAAAUUCGACAUCAUCUCUCUGUCAUUAGUAUUGAACUAUGUUCCGGAGGCACUUGGCAGGGGAGAGAUGCUGCGAAGGACAUGUCAAUUUCUGCGAGCUUUGCCCGUGUUAGGUUUCGGGGAAUCUGCAACCGAGUACUUCCCGUCCCUCUUCUUGGUCCUUCCAGCGCCCUGUGUGAUGAACUCGCGUUACCUGGAUGAGACUCUAUUGAACCAGAUCAUGGUCACCCUCGGCUAUACUAUGGUCAAGAAGAAGCUAUCGACCAAACUCGUUUACUAUCUGUGGCGUUACCAGGGCAAGGGUUCAGAAAAGCGGCACAAGUUUCGAAAAGAUGAGGUCCAUCCUGGAAAGACCAGAAACAACUUCUGCAUCAUUCUGGAGUGAGCACACUCCAAACUUUGUCGAUGGUCAGUCAGGUACUCCGUCCUGCCCCUGAGCAAUAUCUGGCAAAGCGAGGCUACGAAGACAUAACCGUAUGUGCAUGCGAUGCGAGACGUUAUCGUGCGAUAAGGUUGGGCUGCAACAUUCAGAUCGGACGACAGAUGCAUCACACUUCUCAAAUGCAUGCUGAUCAACAAGAGUUGAUUAAAGCGAGAAGGAUGCACGAACAAGCCGUUUGUCUCGUGUACGUUGAUUUUGAGCGGAUUAUUGGUAGGGCCAAGGUCG